GUCACUCCGGAAGCGGAAGUGCAGAAAGACGCGGAGCGGCGGUGGAGUGGAGGCCACCAUGCCCUGACCAUGUUUAGCAUUGAGGAGUUCCCGGAGGAGCCGCAGCCCCCACCCCUGCCUGGCCCCUGCCACCGGGACCCCCCCGAAUCCCCCUGGGGGGGCAGCUCUGGUUCCAGCCCCGCUGCCACUCCCACAGAAGGUGGAGGGGGGGGGUCAGGAGGUGGGGACCCCCCCCCCACAUUUCGAGGCCGUUCCCGCUCUGCCCCCCCCGUCCUAUGGGCAGCACGGAAAUAUGGCCGGGAGCUGCGAAGGAUGAGUGAUGAGUUCCAGCUGUUGAAAUCCCACGUCGUGCCGCAGCAGAAAUGGGGUACUGCAGUAUCGUCAGUGAUCUCUGAUUUAAGGAGUGCGGGGGCUGCACGAAGGACUCACGCUGCAGCCUCCCUAUUUCUUUGGGGUUUGGGAUCGAUGUUUGAGCCAAAAGGCUACACGCUGCCAGACAGGAGGUGCCGGGUUUACCCAAUGAAGACAACAAAUCCUACAGUAUCUUCACAAUGGUCUUCGAUUGCAAAGCGAGUAGAUGACACGAUUCUCACCGGUCAGCCAUAAGCUGACCCUGUCAGUUUGGCAAACAGCACUUCACUCCGUUCACAACAGGAAUCUCAGCCCUUUUGCUCCACAUACAGCUUCUCAGCCUCUUGCUGUAUCACUACAGAAUUCCGAG